UCUUGAAACGAGGUGGGGUUUGCUAUGGAGGUUUAAAGUAAAACUCGUGUAAUACUUUAUCCCUUUCCAGAUUGCUGACCCUGAGAACUGCGACCAAAUGUACGAGAGCUUAGUCAGAAUCCACACCAACUACUACAAAAACAAGUAUCCACGCCUGAAAGACACAAACUUCACAGGAGUGACAGUAGAAGAUUGCAAGAUGAUACUAGCAACAGACGUUCUGCAACAGAUGGAAGACAUGAAAAAAGGGAUGUGGAAAAAACUGCGAGAAAAGUUUUAUGCCAAGAAACCUGAAGAGGACUCCAAGUGAUAGGCCAGCUCCAAUUCUCCACUGUAUAUAUUCCUGAACACUGUACGUUGCCAUGAUGAAUAAAACCAUUUAUUCCUCCUAGC